AUGUCUCGUUUGAUCCUGUAUCUCUUGCUGGGGCUUUGCGUCAUGGCGUUCAGAGCUGAGGUACGCGCUCAAGAGGAGGACGCGGACGAGGAGGACGAGGAAGACGAGGAGGACGAGGAGGACGAGGAAGACGAGGAGGACGAGGAGGAUGAUGGCAACACAGUUAUCACCGUCGGAGAUGUCAAUAUCGCUAUCCCAUCAGAUGGUGGUGCCUGUGUUUCUGCUGACAUGAUGGUGCCAAAGAAGGAUUCUGACGGUCGAGUAAAAGACGUCAGGGUCAAAGAUCUUUCCAACGGGGACUUAAUCCGAGGAAUUCAAAUCACAGAUUCCACGCACGAGGCUUCAUGGUGCAAGGUGGAAGCAGUCUUCCCUUCAGCAGGCGGCCAGAACAAGACCACUCACGAUGGGUUCACUGAAGACCACAUGGUCCUAGGGCUUUAUAAUGUCCACCCGUACGGCAAGAGGGGAGACGUUAAGAUCGGCCCAGUGUACACACUUGCCACUGACUGCGAUGCAAUGGUGAACAACUAUGGUGAGGCCUUUACCCCCAUCAGCACCGCUUUCUGCCCGCGCUCUGUACUGAGCUUGAGCGAAUAUUUUACCUUGAUGCAAGCUAUACGAGGUGUCUUCAAUCGUACAGGCUACUUCUGGUUUGACACCUCCGCAUACCAUGACAACAAGACUGCAAAGGUGCCCAGCUGGCUAGAGCAGCUUCCCCAAAUUUGCCAACAGCUGCUGCAGUGCACACGAAAAGGCGAGUGCCAGGAGUUUGAAACUGUUAUGGAAGAGUUCGUGCAAAGUCAUGUCAACAGGAGAUAUGCGACCAUAGUUGAGAGAGAGUUCCCCAACUUGGGAGGCGAUGUGAGUAAGCAGCAGGCGGGCACAAUCACGGAGGCAGUACGUUCGCAAAAUGGAGGAAGCCACUUGAUUGUCUUUGCUACUCUGGGCAGCGUCAUGGUGCUGCUUAUGAUCUUCGCUGUUGGCGUUUUGAUCUACCGCACACGUGUGAUGAAGGAAAAAGCUGAAAAGGAGCCGCCAUUUGAGUCAGGCCAAAAUCAUCCUCAAGCCUAA